GAGGCAGAGCAGCUUAUAAAUACCAGAUGUUCGACGUUCUUGGGCAGUUAGUUUUAAACUGCGACUUGUAGCGGCAACAUCGUCCGGAACAACCAACCUAUUACCACUUCCUCCCAACUGAGGCUCAAGAUUGUGAUACCAAACAUGCUACGGCUGUGGGCCUGCCUACUCCUCCUGGGAUCCAUCCAGAUCCAGGGGGUCCCAUUCUACGGCGACUUUAUGCCACACUUAACCCACCCAUUGCCGCUGCAUCGCAAUAUGUUUGCGCCCCUGCCAAUCGCACCACUCGCACCGCUCGAGCCCCACGAUCCGAUGCAUGCCCAGGCUUCCCAGCGGAUGGCGAGCGUCUGGAACCCGCAGCUCCACUCCUCUCACCUGUUGCCACUCUUCAACAGCGGAUUCGACACCGAGUUCGUGCCCCUGGAGCACCAGCAGUCGCCGCAGGGACGCCAGGAGGCGGGAGCCACCGUUCCCGUUCAAACGCCAAGCGGUGUGGAGCAGAAGCCUUUCAAUGUGGAUACCAUCACCACGGAUGUGAAUGCCCCGAAUCCGGCCAUAUUCUUCCAGCAGUCGUUCCCCUUCUUUGGCAAUGAAUUCUUCAAUUCCUUCGGAGGCUUCGGCUUCGGAGCCACACAGGAGCCCUGGUGGAAGGGCCCCAAUGUGUGCACCGAAAAGGAGGAAGACGAGACCGUGGCCAGCGAGACGGAGGCUGAGGAAACCGUGGACACCUUUGGCCAGGAACGUGAUGGUGUUACCAACGUGGUGCGAUCCCCACUCUUCGGUCAAUUCCAGUUCAGCGUUAACUCCUGCGCGGAGAAACCCAACAAGCACGUCUGCACAAAGAUUGUAAACCAAAACGGCAAGAAGAAGACGCUGACGCUGACCCGCCAGUGCUGCUAUGGAUACGGACGCCCCAGGAACGCUGACUUCACCACGCCCUGCGAGAAGAUCGACAUCAAGGACGUGGAGGCCACGGCCAGCGACAUGGGAGCCAAACAGUUCCUCGAGAGCGCCCGCAGUGCCGGCGAGCUGGCCGAGAUGCUCGGGGGAGGCAGUGGCAAGAAGGUGACCCUCUUCGUGCCCAAUGACGCCGCCUUCUUGGAGUACCGCGGUCACCACCAGCAGGAGAACAAUGUUGAAGAUGCGAAGUCCGAAGCUUCCCACUCCAAGCCAUCCAUCUACAAACUGCACGCUGUUCUCGGCGAGGUUCAGCUGGAGGAUGUGCCCAACGAGAAGCUUUUGCAGACGGAGCUGCCCGACCAGAAGAUUCGGAUCAACAGCUACCAGCUGCCGGCGGCCUUGAACCUGGAACCCUACCGCUUUGCCGCCAACUGCGUGCCCAUCGAGAAGCACGACAAGCUCUCGGAGCAGGCCCUAGUCCACACCCUGGGCGGAGUUUUGAAGCCGCUGACCAAGAACAUCAUGGACAUCAUCAGGGAGCGGGCGGAUAUGUCCAUUAUGCGCACCGUCCUGGAGAAGACCAACCUUAGUGCCAUGCUGGAGGAUGACAAGCCGGUGACCAUCUUUGUGCCCACCGAUGCCGCCUUCGACAAGCUGGAACCGCAUCUGCGACGUGCCCUCAAGGAGGGACGUGGUUGUGCUUCAAACAUCCUGAAGAACCACUUGCUGGACCUCACCUUCUGCUCGCUGGCCACUGUUCCGGGUGCCAAGACGACGGCCUACAAUCUGCUGGGAGAACCCCUGCUCCUCAACCGCACUCACCUGGCUGCGAAUCAGACUAGACCUGCUCCGAUCUACAUCAAUAAUCUGGCCAAGAUCAUUGAAGCCGAUAUAAUGGGCACUAAUGGUGUCCUCCAUGUGAUCGAUACCAUUCUGCCCACCGAGUCGGCUCUGCCCAUGACCUCGCUGAUGUCCCAGAAGAACCUCACCAUUUUCCAGCGUUUGCUUGAGGCCUCUGGCUAUGAUGAUCAGUUCGAUGAUCUGGACAACGUGACCAUCUUCGCACCCACCGACAAGGCUCUCCAGAACACGGAGUGGGCUCGCAUGCUCAAGGAACAGCCGGAACUGUUGGAUCACAACCUGGAUCUGCUGGAGUUCCUCAACUAUCAUGUGGUCAAGCCCAUGAUCAAGACUUGUGAUCUGUCGGAGAAAUCGUUGCCCACUGUGGCGGGAUCCAGUGUGCGUCUGAACCUCUACUCCACCCAUGCCCUCUUCUCGGAUGUGAUGAACCGGGCCACGGUCAACUGUGCCCGUCUGGUGCACUUCGACGACGAGAGCUGCGGUUCCGUCCUCCACCAGGUGGAUCGUGCCCUGGCGCCACCCAAGAACAACAUGCUUAAGCUGCUGGAGGCCAAUCCCAACUACAGCAAGUUCCUGGAACUGGUGCGCAAGGCCAAUCUCACCCAGCUGUUGUCCAACAACUCGAGAAGUCUCACCCUGCUGGUGCCCAAGAACGAUGUCUUCGACGAGCUAAGCGAGUCCGGAGAGGGUGCAGCCAAGCCCAGCGACCCUGUGGCCCUGGUCAAGACCCACAUUGUUGAGGAUGUCGUCUGCUGUGCUGGCAUUAUCCCAACCAACUGGCCAUUUGUCCGCUCCAUCGAGUCCAUCUCCGGCCAGCAUCUGCGCAUCACCCGCGAUCGCCGUCCCAAGAUCGAGAACGCCGGCGUCACCAAGUGCGAUGUGGUGGCCACCAAUGGCAUUCUCCACGAGGUCAACGACAUUAUCGUGCCCCGCCCACAGCGCCAGCAGCAGCGACCCCAGCUGAUCCCACCCGGAGCUGGCUAUCAGCCACAGGGCGACUUCGACGUCUUCUUCUGAGCGGUGCUCCCACCUAUCUCAUGCAUAUGAUUUAUAAAGCACAUAUUUAUAUUUACUCUUAACGAUUUGACAAUUGAUUGGAAGCAACAUCCAGCUCAGAAUCUUCUCUGAUAAAUAAAAAAAUUAGUAUUAAAAAAA